AUGAGCAGCAGCAGCAGCAGCAGUGACUCAGCAGAGAGCCAAGGCGAGCAGAAUCAAGGCGUGGGACAGGACGUGGCAGUGGCCGACGGUCAGCGUGUUCAGAUGGCAAUGUUUGGAGCUAUCAGUGAGUUUGUGGAGGGACACGAGGAAUGGACGGAGUACGAGGAAAGGUUGGGACACUUUUUCUCUGCAAAUGACAUUACGGAGGAGGCUAAAAAGCGCUCCAUUCUCCUGAGUGUGUGUGGGGCAAAGACCUACAAAUCAAUAAGGAACUUAGCCACUCCACGGAAACCAGGAGAGUUGUCUUAUGAUGAGAUUGUCCUGCUCGUGGCAAACCACCACAACCCAAAACCCUCUGUGAUUGUGCAACGGUUUAAAUUCCACAGCCAUUUCAGGAGGCAAGGUCAGUCAGUGUCCAACUUUGUAGCCGAGCUACGCCAGCUAUCUGAACAUUGUGAUUUUGGAGCAGUGCUUGAUGACAUGCUCCGUGAUAGAUUAGUCUGUGGCAUUAAUGAGAACGCCAAUCAGCGCCGCCUGCUGGGGGAAACGCCACCAUUGACUUUUCAGAAGGCCUUUGACAUUUCCCAGGGCAUGGAAAUGGCCGCAAAUGAUGCCAAGGAUAUCCAAAAAGGAAAUGGAUCACAGGCAGGGGCAGUGUACCAAGUCAGGAAAGAGACUGGUAGGCCAGGAAAACGGGUGGAGUGCUUUAGGUGUGGGGGGUCACACUAUGCAAAUGACUGUAAAUUUAAAGAUGCUGUCUGUCAUGCAUGCAAUAAGCGGGGCCAUUUGGCAAAAAGGUGCAGAAGCUCUAAGGGCAGAGUUAAGCCUGGGGGGAGGAAACCUCAGCAGUCCCAGGGCCAAGCAGCCACACACCACCUAGAAGAGGAGGAGGGGGAGGCUGCGUGUUCAUAUAACAUGUAUGGCGUGGAAACAGACGAGGAGCCACCUGAGCCGUAUUAUGCUACUGUGGCCGUUAAUGGCAAAGACAUUAAGUUUGAAAUUGAUUCCGGAGCUACGGCCUCAGUCAUAAGUGAGGAGACCUAUAGGGCGUCGUGGGGGCCAAGUCUGCCUCCUAUCAGGCCAUCAAAGCUCAAGCUCAGGACUUAUACGGGCCAGCCCAUACCUCACUUGGGGGUGUUAUAUGUGGACAUUGCAACUGGGGGCCAGAGAGCUACAGCCAGGCUGGUGAUAGCCACAGGGAGCGGUCCUAGUCUAUUGGGCCGUGAUUGGCUUCGCAAACUCCGCUUGAACUGGCAUGAAAUUAAGUAUGCCCACACACACUCAAUGGAGGACAUUCUGCAGCGCUACAGUGAGGUGUUCAAGGAUGAGCUGGGCACAUUGAAGGGCGUGGCAGUGAAGCUGCAUAUGGACUCUGACGCCAAGCCACGGUUCUUCAAGCCCAGGCCAGUGGCUUAUGCCAUGAAAGGUAUUGUGGAAGAGGAACUGAACCGUCUGCAGAAAUUGGGCAUUAUAGAGCCUGUUCAAUUUUCCAGGUGGGCAGCUCCUAUUGUUCCAGUGUUAAAGGAAGAUAAAACGGCAAGGAUAUGCGGGGACUACAAGCUGACAGUGAAUCAAGGUUCUACGCAGGAGGAGUAUCCGUUGCCACGCGUUGAUGACCUUUUCGCGACCCUGUCAGGGGGGAAGCUCUUCACGAAGCUGGACAUGAGCCAUGCCUACCAGCAGUUGCUGCUGGACGAGGAGUCAAAGGAGUUUGUCACCGUCAACACACACAAGGGGUUAUUCAAGUACAACCGCCUAGUGUUUGGAGUGGCAUCCAGCCCUGCCAUUUUCCAAAGAACCAUGGACACUUUGCUGCAGGGGAUUCCUCAUGUGGCCGUUUUCUUGAUCACGGGGGCCACGGAGGAAGAGCAUCUGGCCAACCUUGAGCAGGUGCUGAAAAAGAUGCAGGAUGCUGGCCUGCGGUUGAAACAUCGCAAGUGUGUGUUCAUGGCACCUAGUGUGACCUACCUAGGUCACAAGGUCACAGCAGAGGGGCUUUGGCCCUUGGAGGACAAAGUGCGAGCCAUUAAGGAGGCGCCAAGCCCAAAGUCUGUACCUGAACUCCGAUCAUUUCUUGGUCUAGUGAACUAUUAUGGCAAGUUCCUGCAGGACCUCUCCCAGGUCCUGGCCCCACUGUACAAGCUGCUGCAUAACGACACUAAGUGGCAGUGGGGGAAAGAUCAGGAGAGAGCAUUCAGAGAAGUGAAAGGGCUCCUCCACUCCGAAAAAUUGCUUGUUCACUAUGACCCGGCCAAAGAGAUCACACUUUCCUGUGAUGCCUCGCCCUAUGGCGUGGGGGCGGUUCUCUCCCAUAUGAUGGAGGAUGGAUCUGAAAAGCCUAUUGGGUUCGCCUCCCGCACCCUGAAUUCGGCCGAGAGAGGUUACUCUCAGUUGGACAAGGAGGGGCUGGCCAGCGAGUCUAAAUGCAUUCCACCGCUGGCCUCAGCGAGAAUACAGCGUUGGGCCCUCACCUUGUCCGCCUACCAGUACACAAUUGUGUACAGAGCAGGUAAAGAUAAUUCAAAUGCAGAUGCACUGAGUAGACUGCCUUUACCUGAUACACCUGCUAGUUCAUAUGUGCCGCCCGAGACUGUUUUCUCCUUGCAGAGAGUGGCGGAGACACCUGUGAAGGCAGCCCAGAUCAGACAGUGGACGGACAGAGAUCCAGUGCUGUCUCAAGUAAAGACUUUCCUGUUGCAGGGGUGGCCCGGUGCGGUGGAGAGUGAGGCUCUCAAACCCUAUGCAAAGCGAAAGACUGAACUGAGUUUGCAAGAUGGAUGCAUUCUGUGGGGCGCGAGAGUGGUCGUGCCACCGCCAGCUCGUCCACGGAUUGUGGAAGAGAUUCACGAGACUCACCCAGGGGUGUCUCGGAUGAAGAGCUUUGCAAGGUCCUAUGUCUGGUGGCCGAAAAUGGAUCUGGAGCUGGAGUACAAGGUGAAAUCAUGCACACAAUGCCAGAUUAACCAAAACCUGUCACCACCAGCACCACUGCACCUAUGGGAGUGGCCAGACCGUCCAUGGUCUAGGCUGCAUGUGGACUUUGCAGGCCCUUUUAUGGGGCAGAUGUUCCUGAUCAUGGUCGACGCCCAUUCCAAAUGGAUAGAGGCCCACAUCAUGAGCAACAUCACCGCCCCAUCAACCAUAGGUAAACUCAGGCAAGUGUUCGCCAUUCACGGAUUGCCGGAUUCUCUGGUGAGUGAUAAUGGCCCGACGUUCACCAGUGAGCUGUUUAGUGAUUUCUUGCAGCAGAAUGGCAUUCUUCACAUCCGGACUGCUCCUUUCCAUCCGGCUUCAAAUGGAUUGGCAGAGAAGGUGGUUCAGACAGUGAAGGCGGGCCUGAAGCGGUUGACAGGAGACUCCAUCAGCACCCGACUGUCACGUUUCCUGUUUAACUACCGCCUUACUCCACAGACAACUACGGGACGCACGCCAGCAGAGAUGUUGAUGGGCCGUCGGCCCAAGUCUAAACUGGACCUACUGCGUCCAGACCUGAAAGCAAAGGUGGAGAGGAAGCAGGAGAAAAUGAAAGAGGGACAUGAUCAACAUGCCCGAGAAAGACAGUUGAAACCAGGUGACAAUGUCUAUGUGAAGGACUUUAGCCACAACAACAACCAGAAAUGGCUGCCUGGGGUCAUCCGUAGGCAGAGUGGUCCAGUCUCACAUGUGGUCAAACUGAGGGACGGACGGGAGUUUCGCAGACAUCAAGACCAUGUGCGCCUGCGUUAUGAUGCCAGUCCAGACACAGAGACAGUCACACAGUUGCCAUCGGCACGGCCCAAGGACAUGACACUGAGGGCUUUUUACCUCCCAGGGCACCAGAAUGUAGCAACAGACCUGCUGUCGAGAGGAGGUCCCCAUCCUGGCGAGUGGCGUCUGCACCCUCAGGUUGUGGACCAGACCACUGGGGACGGACGCCCUCAGUCUGUCAUGGCCCAGGGUGAGGCUGUAUGCAUUUCACCUGCUUCCCCUCCUUUCAGCAUUCCUCAGGAGUGUGAGGUAGCAGUGUGCUCGGGUGCUCUUGGUGGCACCAAGCUGGCCACAGACGCCAUGGAUGGCCGAGAUCUACGGGUUGCUGGAGGGCUGCCCAUGGCGGCUUCCAGUGAGACUGGACAUGUUGUCCCAGGUGCACAGCAGCAUUUGGCACCCAGAACCCCAGAUCCUGAAGCUUCAUGUGUGGCCCUUGAACGACGGCGCCUGUGUGCACUCAGCCUAGAUAGGGAGGUGGUGAACACCUUGCAGGCUGCACGGGCCCCCUCCACUCAGUGGUAG